ACCAAAAAUCAUGUGUCAGUGACAAUGAAGCAAUUAAUAUUACAAUUUACCUGGUAACAGCUGAGGUAAGCUCCUUAUACAUCCAGACACAGAUACCUCCUCAUCCUCACGACAACAGGAUGAAGGAUUAGACAUUAACUGUGUCUUCUUGAAUCCAACCUUUGCUCUAAUAAAGAGGAUGGAUGGAGGAGCGGACAGACGCGCAGCCUGUUAACCACAGGAGGAGUUUUCUUUAUUGACAACAUGUUACAGGUCCGUCUGCCAGACGACACGGAGGAGCGCCGGGGCGAGACAAAAACCAGGAGUUUCCAUCAUCAGUGACUCAGGAUCGACCGGCUCCUGUGUAAGAUGGUCUUCUUGACCUGAUUAACCAUCAGGAGAUGCUGCCUUCAGAUGCUUGUGGAGAGCAAGUCAACACAGACGGCACCGCUCAACCUACUUUUUGAAGGAUAGAUAAGAGACAUCCAGCUGAGAGGUGAAGGUGCCCCCGGAGGGAGAGCUAUGGGCUGUGGGGGGAGCAGGACUGAUGCUCUGGAGCCCCGUUACCUGGAGAGCUGGACCAAGGAGACGGAGUCGACGUGGCUGACCAGCACAGACACCGACAUACCCCUGUCGUCCAUCCAGAGCAUCCCCUCUGAGAGCUCUGAGGCUGGCUUCACGUCCGAGAAAACGAUUAGCCCAGUUCCAGAUUUCUUUGAGGACGGCCUCCCUCUCCCUGCUCAGGCUUACCUGAAAGUCUGUUCGGCUGUGUCAGAAGCCAGUCUGAACGACGUGAAGCCCAGCAGCCCCCCUGCCAUACUGGGCUCUCCACCCAAGGAGGUGUCCUUGCCGUCAUCUGGCACCACAGUGCAGCGCAGAAGUGUUCUACACACUGAAGAGAUUACAAAAUGGCAGGACAAUCGGAUGUCGACCAAACAGGUCACCAUCACGGUGACGCAGAGCAUCCAUCAGGUGGACAAGAACGGGAAGGUGAAGAAGUCCCUCACUACCUACGAGGUCAUGAAACCUGUGGAAACCCUCAAACAGGUGGCCACACAAAACACUUGAGCGCAGGAGGAAGAAG